AUGCAGCUGACCGCACCAUGCAUGGGCCAGAGACUCGAACCCUACGCGAAGAGACUGAUCGACGAAUGGUUGAAGCAGGAGCGUCACAUCCGUAGGAUCAGAAUCUUUGGCAAAACCGGAUACCUGGAGAUUUCGCACCCGGAUGGAAGUCGUCUCAAGGGGCGUAUCCAGCGAAAGGAUGGUGAAUUUCUGGAUGUUAUAGUCGGGCCAGGAUUCCCACCAGAACCGGAAUUGAUCUCGUUUCUAAAUGAAUCCGUGACAAGACUCUGGGACCUACGACUCCCCGGCCCCCUGCCCCACUAUAUUGGGUUGAAGCUGCCGGAAAUGACGCUGAGAACAUCUUCGGUUCAGAAAGCGGCUGGCCUUGACGAACUCUACGCAAAGCUACUGAUCGACGAAUGGCUGAAAGGAGAACGACAUAUACGGUUCAUAACCAUCAUCUGUACGCCGGGAUACCCGGAUUACCCGGCAUUGCUGCGGCCGUAUGCCAAGUUUUCGCGGCAUCGAGGCAACUACUGGCUGGCGGGCCGCAUUCGGCGAAAAAACGGCGAGCUGUUGAUGGUGUCGAUUAGUGAGAGUAUGAUAACAUUGCGGAAGGCAAAGAAA